AUGGGAGAACAAAAAAUUUCAAGACAAAGCCUAUAUCAUGAGGAUUCAGGGUCAGAAGUCGAAUCAGACUCUGAUGGUGUGAGUUACAUGCCGCCAGAUAUGGAGUUUGAGUUUGUUGAAGUGGAUAACUCUGCUACACCUCAAGAGGAUGACAACCAACAACAGGGUAUCGAAGAAGAAGAAGAGCUUGCGUUUCCGUUGUUCGCAUCGGCGACCACUAUCCAGACUGUUGAGCCAAAAGAAGCUGAUGACUCCAGUGAUCGAGGUCGAUUGAAAAUCAAACAACCAAUUCAGAAAAUCUCCUUACGUGAACAUUCAGAAGAACGAAUAAAUAACGAACGUCCUGAAUCGUAUUACUUUGCAUCAUACACACCAAAAGAGAAACUACAAUUUGCCCAAGUGGCUGUAUCAGCGAAUGACAUUUAUGCGCAAUACUUUAUCCAACCAAAUCUGCAUAAACUAAUCAACUUGAAUGAACAUAAUUCUCUUAUAGAGAGAGAGCUAGAAAAGGAGAAAGCUCGUAAAAAGAAAAAUAGACCAGGUAGAAAAAAGAGACAAAGUAGGAUUGUUUGUCGUGAACGAAGACUUGAACGGGCUGCCAUUGCAAAGAAGGAAGAGAAAGAACGUAAAUUGAGGGAAAAACAGGAAAAGUAUGGCAAAUUCAAAAAGCAAGGAGGAAGACAUGUGAAGAAAACAUUUAAUAAAGGAAAGCCCAAUCGUGGUAAAAACACCGUCGGUAAUACUAAGUAUAGAACAGAGUAA